CGCAGACGCUGAGCAGUGCGCACGCAUGCGCAUGGUCUGGGUUGAGGCACGAUGGCAGGUGUCCCAGCUCCGCGUCGGCCCUCGAUGGUGCGACUCGCGCUACUGGUGCUUGCCCUGUGCGGUGCGGGUACCCGAGGACUCUACUUCCACAUCGGCGAGACGGAGAAGCGCUGCUUCAACGAGGAACUCCCCGACGAGACCAUGGUCAUCGGCAACUAUAGAACCCAAAUGUGGGACAAGCAGAAGGAGGUCUUCCUGCCUUCGACCCCUGGCCUGGGCAUGCACGUGGAGGUGAAGGACCCGGAUGGCAAGGUGGUAAUGUCCCGGCAGUACGGUUCCGAGGGCCGCUUCACGUUCACCUCCCACACACCGGGUGACCACCAGAUCUGCCUGCACUCCAACUCCACUAGGAUGGCACUCUUCGCUGGAGGCAAACUGCGUGUGCACCUGGACAUCCAGGUUGGGGAGCAUGCCAAUAACUACCCUGAGAUUGCUGCUAAGGACAAGCUAACAGAGCUGCAGCUCAGGGCCCGCCAGCUGCUUGAUCAGGUGGAACAGAUCCAGAAGGAGCAGGAUUACCAGAGGUAUCGUGAAGAACGCUUCCGUCUGACCAGCGAGAGUACCAACCAGAGAGUCCUGUGGUGGUCCAUUGCCCAGACUGUCAUCCUCAUCCUCACUGGCAUCUGGCAGAUGCGUCACCUUAAGAGCUUCUUUGAGGCCAAGAAGCUGGUGUAGGACCAUUGCCAUAUAGCCUUUCCUUUUUACCUCAAUUAUUUGGUAUUUUCCCCACCCAACCCCUUGUCCACCUGGAUUUUGAGGGGGGAAAAUGAAAAAGAAUGUGUCACCUUGGUAUCAUGGCAACAAGCCAUUCAGAUCAGCUAUGUGUAACCCAAGUUCUCCAAGAAACAAGACAUUGGUCUGACCUUUCAGAAUCUGUCUAGGGCUUGGGAAAAGUUGGAAUUAACCCAAGAUCAAGUCAUUUUUUUUUUUUUUUUUUUGCCUCCAGUGAUUCUCCUCUGUUUGCUAAGAAAUAAGCAAAUACCCUUCUGUUUUCUGUUUGCUUAUGCAGUAGGCAACUGGCAUGCCCCAUGGAGGAGGCCCUGCCAUACUGCCUCCAGGUCACUCCUGGAGUCCAUCAAUGUCUUUGUGAAUGUGAAUAUAAAUAAGGGGCAGGUCUUGGCCCUGGAGGAUGAGAUGUUUUUCUAUAUAUUAGAACUAUUUUUUGAUAAAUCAUAUAUUUUCCUUCCUGAUUGUCACUGCCUGUAACUAGCUGAAAACACUAAUCCAGACCUUGUGCACUCUGUUUAUUUACAUUUUAAUGACUGACAUGCAGUGCUCAUGAUUUCAGCAGUCUGUGGGCCAGAAAGCAUGUGUUAUAGUUGCUCUCAAGCCAUGUUAGAAGGCCAAGUAAGGUUCUCCUGGAUCCCUGUGAUUCUAAUCCCACAGGGUCACAGAAUCAGGCAGGAUAGCCACAGAAUUAA